AAACUGAUGCGAAAAUGGGAAUGGAAAUGGAAAUAUGUAAUUGACUAAUGGCAAUUUGAUGGAGAGCUCUAAUUAUUUAAAUAUUAUAUCAGCUGGCUUUAUUUGUUGAACGUGGGUAUAGUAGUAGUCAGUUUUGCAAAUCAUGCGAGCGACCUGGGGAACGAUCAUAAGCAUCUCGGCUGGGGUGCUCCUGCUGAAGCUGACUGAGAUCAGGACCAAGGAGAGCUGUUAUUAUGUGGCCUUCACCUAUGCGAAUUGGACGGAUGACCGACCCCGGUUUAUUGUCAACAUGACCUUCUCGAACCAGACUGGCAUCGGCUCAAUAACCACCAUCAACGAGGAGAUUGCCUCACCGGUGUCCCGCAUCCUUAUCCUUCAGCACUCCGGCCGGCAAAAGCCUCGCACCGUUUACAACGCUUCCACCAAGCUGUGCGACCUGCAGAAUGUCUUCAAUUCAGUACCGCUGUUUAAGCCAGCCAAGGAUAACAUGCUCAAGCAAAGUAACUACACGCUGAGCUGUCCUCUGGUCAAAGGCACAUACGCCAUGCACAACAUGCGCGUCAGCCCCAAGAACCCACUUCUGAGCCUCCUCUACCAACCGAAGCACACUUUCUCUGUGAGUGGCGGCUUGUUUGAGGAACUUUCACGGGGCCGCAGGCUCAGGCCGCUGUCCACCUAUUUCAUGACUGGAAAGGUUGUGAAAAAGUCCUGUGGAUCCAAUGAAUAAGGAACAAGCAAGAAAGCUUCGUUUGGCAAGCGGAAUCUUAUAUACCCUUGCAGUAAUGAUAUAUUAAAACGGUGUGUACCGAAUAUGGACUUUCUAUAAUCAAAGCAACUAAACUAUGAUUUGUAUGUACAGCGGGCCAAAAAAUAUAAGACACUUAAAAUACCUUUUCGAAGAUAGCCACUGAGAAUACAGAUAGAUAUAUCAAUGGACAUCGAUUCAUCUCUCACAUUAAGAACUUCUGACUGAAGUCAAUAUACCUUCUUCAAGGGUAUACCAAAUGAGUCUAAUCUACUUCGCUCCAGCCCGUUAGUAUGCCACAAAAGCUGCACCAGUUAGUAAAGUAGGCUACACUAAUAAAUUGUUUAUAUGUUGCUUCACGUAUGUUACAUUUUAACAGUUAUGAGUUUAUGGCUAUUAUAUUUCGGGCUCUUAGAAUAUUUUAAACCUCGUUUUAUAUUAAUUGCUUGCAUUGCUUUUACUUCACUUCCC